AUCACAUUGUAAUUGAUGUUGUUUGUGUAUCUUAUGAGAGAAAACAUUAUGGUGGGAGUAGUAGCUAAACCCAAUCUUGUCUCUUGCAACUUUCCAACUCUCAAAAACAAGUAUUCAAUUCAACCACAUACAUCAACUACAACAACAACAGCAUUGGUCUCACGAUGUUGUUUCAUCAGACUCAGUAGCUCCUGCAAGGUGAUGACCAAAAAACCCUUUGCUGCUUCGUUUCGGAAAAAGGGUAGUAUUGUUAUUUGCCAUGAUUCCAACAAAGAGAGUGAGGUUAGCAGAAGCGUUGUUGAGGUUGUGGAGGAAGGAAAAAGAGAUUGGACAACCUCAAUUUUGCUAUUUCUCUUAUGGGCUGCACUUAUCUACUAUGUCUCCUUUCUCUCUCCAAACCAAACACCGUCUAUGGACAUGUAUUUCUUGGAAAAGCUGUUGAAUUUGAAAGGAGGUGAUGGUUUCAGAAUGAAUGAAGUGAUUGUAUCUGAGUGGUAUCUAAUGGGCUUGUGGCCUUUGGUAUAUAGCAUGCUGUUACUUCCCACCGGAAGAAGCUCAAAAAGCAAGGUUCCUGUAUGGCCUUUCCUGUCACUCUCGUUUUUCGGCGGCAUAUAUGCACUUCUUCCUUAUUUUGUGCUAUGGAAACCUCCACCACCUCCUGUCGAAGAAGCUCAGCUUAAAACAUGGCCACUCAAUUUUCUGGAAUCAAAAGUUACUGCAUCGAUACUGCUUGCUUCGGGGAUAGGCCUCAUAAUUUACGCCGGUUUAGCCGGGGGAGAUGUAUGGAAAGAAUUUUACCAGUAUAGCAGAGGAAGCAAAUUUAUCCAUAUUAUGUCCAUUGAUUUUACAUUACUCUCAACAUUGGCACCAUUUUGGGUUUACAAUGACAUGACAGCUAGAAAAUGGUUUGACAAAGGUUCUUGGCUUCUUCCAGUAUCAUUGAUACCAUUGCUGGGUCCUGCUAUAUACAUUCUCCUACGACCCUCACUAUCAACCUCUGUCAUUGCGCAAACUCCAGCUGAGUUAGAGUGAAUGCAUCCGAUACCGCCAACGAAUAUGAAUUCACAAGUUAAUGCAAUAAGAAUUGAAAUUGAUUGUUUGGUUUGGUUCAGAAUGACAGUUUCAUUCUACAAAAUUCACAGCAGAGUUGUAGUACCUCAACACAUUUUCACCAGUCCAUAAGAAUAUUGAAAUCCAUCAUUUUAGGCAUAAUCUUUGCAUAAACUUAUUUUCUUCUUUGGCUGUAUGUAAUAAUUCAUUGUAGCGAAGUUAUACAUGUUUAUUAGCUUGCAUGAGAUCCAAAUUGGAAAAAAAGAAGUGUUAUUAUUAA